UAGACGGGGAGUCAUUUGGAAGACUGCACAGCAACAUGAUACGCAUGUUCUAGUGGAUACUAACUAUUUCUCUCUUUUUGUCUCUCUCCCACACACACACACUCACACACUGUUGCCGACAUUGAAAAAAACAAAGCAGGAAGGCAAAAAGGGUGCAUGAGUUAGUCGAGAACUAGGCCUAUCUGAAGUUAAUACAUAUGACAGGACCUAAAGGUGUGAUUAUGGCGACCCAGAUUCCAGCCCACAUUACCAUCAUCCUGUCACUUUUGUUGCUCCGCCUUCUCACCCUGACUUCAACUACUCAGGAUGACCUCAUUGUGGCAACAGCCAAAGGAAAAGUCCGGGGGGUGCGUCUCUCAGUGCCAGGGAGUGGAUCCAUAUUGGCAUUCCUGGGAAUCCCCUAUGGAAAACCUCCCAUCGGGCAGUUGAGAUUCCGAAGCCCAGAGCCAGUGGAAGAAUGGGCAGGGGUGAAGGAUGCUACACACUUUCCCAAUUCAUGCUGCCAACCACUGGAUACAGCCUUCCCUGGGUUCCAAGGUGCUGAGAUGUGGAAUGCCAACACCCAGGUGAGUGAGGACUGCCUCUACCUCAAUGUCUGGACCCCCUGCCCCACCUACACACGGUCCAGCACAUUCUCAUUGGCUCCUGUGAUGGUGUGGAUCUAUGGAGGCGGGUUCACUUCAGGGACCUCCAGUCUGAACAUAUAUGAUGGACGCUUCCUCAGCAAAUCAGAAGAUGUUGUUGUGGUGUCCAUGAACUACAGACUGGGAGCCCUCGGCUUCCUAGCUCUCCCUGGUGUACCUCGUGUCCACGGAAACAGUGGAUUACUGGACCAGCAAUUGGCUCUUCGUUGGGUAAUGGAAAACAUUGAAGCUUUUGGAGGCGACCCUUCAAAGGUGACGCUGUUUGGGGAAAGUGCUGGAGCAGGGUCGGUGGGUGUCCACCUUCUCUCUCCAGGGAGCCAGGGGCUCUUCCAUAGAGCCAUACUGUAGAGUGGCUCGCCCAACGCUCCAUGGGUCUCACUAAGCCAGGAAGAGGCCUGGAAUAGGUCAUGGAGCCUGGGGAAGGCUCUGGGUUGUCCCCUCUCCUCCCUGGCAGACCUGGAGCCAUGUCUACAGGAAGCUCCUGUUGAUGACAUCCUCCUUCACCAGUUUAAUGUUCUCAGCAGCCCCUCACUUAUAGGUAUACCUUUCCACCCAGUUGUGGAUGGAGACUUCUUACCAGACUACCCUGAGGUCCUGCUCCAAAGUGGUAACUUCAAGAAGACUGAUGUUCUGGUUGGUCUAAACAAGGAUGAAGGGACUUACUUCCUGCUUCAAGGGUUACCAGGAUUUGACAUCACUGGCCAUAGCCUAAUCAGCAAAGACGACUUCCUGGAAGGGCUGAAAUUAGCACUGCCACAAUUCAAUGAUGUUUUGAGAGAGAAGGUGGCUUCACGCUACCUCUCUUGGGCAAAUGAGAGUAGCAGUGCAAAAUAUCGUGAUACACUUGGUAGUAUAGUGGGUGACUGUUUUUUUAACUGCCCAUUGUUAGACUUUACCCACAGGUAUACAGAACACGGGGGUAAGUCCCACCUUUAUCUGUUCGACCACCACUCCUCAGCCAAUCCCUGGCCAGCGUGGAUGGGCGUCAUGCAUGGCUACGAGAUUGAGUUUAUCUUGGGAAUUCCGCUGAAUAGCAGUCUGGGAUACACGUAUGAGGAGGUGGCUCUAAGCAAGGGACUUAUGAAGCGGUGGGCUAACUUUGCUAGAACUGGGAACCCAAUGCUGACAGACGGGGAUUGGCCCAUGUUUACCGUGGAGCAGCAGGAAUACAUCAGGCUGGACAGCGGCCCACCUCUCCUCCAGGGGAACAUGUUUGCUGAGCGCUGUCAGUUCUGGAACUUCUUGGUUCCCACCAUGAAUGAUCUCCGGUCAUGUUCAUGUAGUCCGCAGCAUGUUAACAGCUGUGUCCUCCUGGCGUUGGGUUUGUUCGUAUUCAUCUUUGGACUCCUGCAAUGAGUGCGACAGUCAUCGUAUACAAUGAGGGCUGAGAAUAUAUAUUGCAACAAACGACAGUGUUUUUUGGUAAAAUUACCUAAUAGACUGAGACAUUUACAUGUACAUUUUAUCGUUUGAGAAAUGAACAGUUAAUCAAUUUCUAUCAAUGAACCUUUUGAGGAUAGCUGAUGCACACAUGAUUGAACAGGUUGCUGCUGUACCAUGGUGUGACCUAACCAUCUGUUUAACAAAGAAACAUUGCAUAUGUAUAUCUGCCUUCGAUCAGUAAUGCACCCAUGCAAUAAAUAACAUGCUAUUUUAAUCUC